GGCGGCGGUGGCGGCGCUGCGGUCCCCUCCCGCUUUCUGUCUUUACUUUUUUCUACACCGCCCCCCGCUCCCACCGCCUCCCGCCCUCGGUGGCCACUCCGGGGGAUGAGCGGGAGCAGCCACCCGCACUGAGAAGCAGGAGGUCGCGCCGCGCCCCGCUCCGCUCUGUCAGUGGGGGAACGCCAGGGACGGGAGCGCGGGCAGCGGCUCCGAGCCCGCCAUGCCCUGUCGGCCCCGCGGGGCGCCCGCCGCUCUCCCGGCGCUGCUGUUGGUGCUGCUGCUGCUGGGCGGCGGCGCCGCCUCCGCCCGCUGCCCCGCACCCUGCCGCUGCGCCGGGCACCUCGUCGCAUGCAGCCGCCUGGAGCUGAGCCGGCUGCCCGAGCGGCUGCCCCGGGGGGCGGUGCAGCUGGACUUAAGUCACAACAAAUUAUCUUCAAUCAAGACCAGUCUCUUGGAUCACCUUCAUAGUCUUCAGGAAGUGAAGCUGAACUACAAUGAACUGGAGAUCAUUCCAGAUCUGGGACAAGUCUCUGCGAAUAUAACUCUUCUGUCUUUGACCAGUAACAAGAUUGCCAAUGUUUUGUCUGAACAUCUGAAGCCAUUUCAGAGUCUAGAAACUUUGGACUUGAGCAACAACAACAUAUCAGAACUAAAAAUGUCAUCAUUUCCAUCAUUACAGCUCAAGUAUCUGUAUCUUAACAAUAAUCGAAUAACCUCCAUGGAGCCUGGUACCUUUGAUAACUUGUCUACCACACUUCAAGUAUUGAAACUGAACAGGAACAAAAUUUCAGCAAUCCCUCAAAAGAUGUUUAAACUCUCCCAUCUGCAGCACCUGGAGCUGAAUCGCAACAAAAUUAAAAAAAUAGAUGGGCUUACUUUCCAAGGACUUCCAGCUUUGAAAUCAUUAAAGCUGCAGAGAAAUGGAGUUACGAGGCUCAUGGAUGGUGCUUUCUGGGGAUUGACCAACAUAGAAGUCUUGCAGCUGGACCAUAACAACUUAACAGAGGUAACCAAAGGCUGGCUUUAUGGCUUGCUGAUGCUGCAGCAACUCCAUCUCAGUCAAAAUGCCAUCAGCAGGAUCAGUCCUGAUGCCUGGGAAUUUUGCCAAAAACUCAGUGAACUAGAUUUGACAUUCAAUCAAUUAGCAAGGUUAGAUGAUUCAAGCUUCAUUGGUUUAAGUGUGCUGGUUGGACUAUACAUUGGAAACAACAAAGUAAAUUACAUUGCUGAUUGUGCCUUCAGGGGACUUUCCAGUCUACAGAUUUUGGAUCUGAAAAACAAUGAAAUAUCCUGGACUAUUGAAGAUAUGAACGGUGCUUUCUCUGGCCUGGAUAAACUUCGGAAGCUGAUGCUCCAAGGAAACAGGAUUAGAUCCAUUACAAAGAAAGCAUUUUCUGGUUUGGAUGCACUUGAACACUUAGAUCUAAGUAACAAUGCAAUUAUGUCAGUUCAAGGAAAUGCAUUUUCACAAAUGAAGAAACUCAAAGAAUUGCACUUCAACACAUCAAGUCUCUUGUGUGACUGCCAGUUAAAAUGGCUACCACAGUGGAUGUCAGAGAACAGCUUCCAGAGCUUUGUAAAUGCCAGUUGUGCCCAUCCUCAGCUGCUAAAAGGGAGAAGUAUUUUUGCUGUCAGCCUGGAUGGGUUUGUCUGUGAUGAUUUUCCUAAACCACAGAUCACCGUACAGCCAGAAACCCAGUCAGCAAUCAAAGGCUCCAAUUUGAGUUUUGUGUGUUCAGCAGCCAGCAGCAGUGAUUCCCCAAUGACUUUUGCAUGGAAGAAAGACAAUGAAUUACUGCAAGAUGCUGAAAUGGAGAAUUAUGCACACCUCCGGGCACAGGGUGGUGAAGUGAUGGAGUACACUACCAUCCUUCGACUGCGCAAUGUUGAGUUCAGUAACGAAGGGAAAUACCAGUGUGUUAUUUCAAAUCACUUUGGUUCAUCUUACUCUGUCAAAGCCAAACUUACAGUAAACAUGCUACCUUCAUUUACAAAGAUCCCCAUGGACUUAACCAUUCGAGCUGGAGCAAUGGCACGUUUGGAAUGUGCUGCAGUUGGGCAUCCUGUCCCACAGAUUGCUUGGCAGAAAGAUGGUGGAACAGAUUUUCCUGCAGCGCGCAAGAGGCGCAUGCAUGUCAUGCCUGAAGAUGAUGUAUUCUUUAUUGUUGAUGUAAAGAUUGAGGACACAGGUGUUUAUAGCUGUACAGCUCAAAACACUGCUGGAAGCAUUUCAGCUAACGCAACAUUAACAGUACUAGAAACACCAUCAUUUUUGCGACCUUUGAUGGAUCGAACUGUAACAAAAGGGGAAACUGCAGUCUUGCAGUGUAUUGCUGGUGGUAGUCCUCCACCCCGACUGAACUGGACUAAGGAUGACAGCCCUCUCGUGGUAACAGAAAGACAUUUCUUUGCUGCAGGCAAUCAGUUACUAAUUAUUGUGGAUACAGAUGUAGAAGAUGCUGGAAAAUACACCUGUGAAAUGUCUAAUACACUUGGGACAGAACGCGGCAACAUCCGUCUUAAUGUAAUUCCUACUCCCACUUGUGAUUCUCCUCAAAAUGUUGCCCCAUCACUUGAUGAUGAUGGAUGGGCCACAGUUGGCAUUGUGAUCAUAGCUGUGGUUUGCUGUGUGGUGGGCACUUCCUUGGUGUGGGUAAUCAUCAUCUACCACACAAGAAGGAGGAAUGAAGAUUGCAGCAUCACAAAUACAGAUGAAACAAAUUUGCCUGCUGACAUUCCCAGUUACCUGUCAUCCCAGGGGACACUAGCUGAAAGGCAGGAUGGAUAUGGCUCAUCUGAAAAUGGCAGUCAUCAUCAGUUCCUCACUUCUUCUGUGGGAGGGUAUUUCUUACAGCAGAGAGACGGUAAUGGCAUUUGCCAUCUAGAUAACAGCAGUGAAACAGACUUGGAGGGUGCUGCAGAUCCAUUCCUAUGCCACUAUCUGGGGACUUCAGGGACUUUGUAUUUAAAAGGAAACACAUAUAGUUCUGAUGCAUUUGAAGCAUACAAUGCAAGUUGCAGCCCUGACCAAAGAACAGCAUGCUUGGAUCCUUUUGAGUCUGGAUAUUUAAGGAAAAAGGAAUGCUAUCAAUACUUGCCUCCACUAGAUGAUCCCUUUGACCAGUGUGUUGGCAUUAUCGGGAUGCAGGCUACAAGUAGCAGAUUGAUUAAUUCUAUUUAUACUCAAAAUGAAGGAACUGGACUAAAAAGCAAAAGUCUGAAUUUGGACACAUUUGAUUUAAACAGAAGUUUGGAACCCUCAUCUGUUAUGAGUAACAGCACUUUCAUGGGAACAUUUGGAAAACCUUUAUGGAGGCCUCAGCUGGACACUCUUUCAAGUUGUAGGCAGCCAGUAAAUUGCCAGCCGAAAACCUCCCGUAAUAAUCAUCAUGCCUCACUGGACUUUGAUGCAGAGGCAGAUGAAGAGGGAAAGGAAAGGACAGAUUCUAGAGGAGAAAAUAGCUUUUAUACUUGCAAACAGUCAUUUGAAAACUUUAGGACUUCUGCUUUCCAAUCCUGUGAUUUGGAUACAUAGUUCUUUUUGGACUUGCUAUUGAUUUCUGGAACCAAAGAAAUACUUUGAUAUACUACUACCUCAGUAUGAAACUUUAUUUAAAAAGGGACUAAGGAAAAGAAGAAGGAAAGAAAGAAACCACAUGAUGCUAUGAAUUCUGAAGAAAAAAUGUAUUUUUAUUCCAAUAAAGCAUAAUUGCCAAAGUGCUCUUC